AUGCAGAUUCUCAACCUCGCUGCCCUUUCGGUUUUCAUCGGCAGUUCUUUAGCUGCAGACUGCUAUGGAACUGAAAGUAUUGCCAGCCGCUUUAUAGAGGGUUACUGGGAUGCACGCCAGAAGAUGUGCAGCAACACAGAAUGUGCCUACCAGCAACCUUGCACAGUUACCACUUGGAAGAAGUACACAGCGAUUGGUAGUACUACUGUCAAAAUCGAAAUAAGCCGCAAGAACACGGCAGGAAAAGCGGGAUUCAAGGAUUGCUGGGAUGCUACUGAGAACAUAAUCAACCAGUGCAUAAAAGAUGCUGAUGUUUUCGGUGGAACUUGGCAGGCUAAUGGACAGCUUUACACGGUGAAUGGAUAUUUUCCUUAG